AUGUCAAGACAAGAUCCCACUCUUGACAUUGUCAAAGAACGCGUCAAGCAGUACAAUCUCACCGAUGAAGAGAAAUUAGCAAUCGAUACUUCUAGAAAGCAACUCAGUACCAGAACUAGUUUUGGAGGUUUUACUGGUGCAGCAGCAGCAUUUUAUUUGUCUAGAAGAAGGCAAUUUUCUCCAUUAAGAUCAAUCUUCCUUGUUGGCGGUGGAUUUUUUCUCGGCUCUCAGCUAGGGUUUAUUGCAGGAAUUACUGCGGGAAUGAAUACUAUUAAUAAGCUUCCUAAUCCUGAUCGCCUAAAAAAUUUGGUUAUCGAUGUUCAAAACGAAGUGAUGGCUUCUCGCGGAUACACACGUGACAGUCCCACCAGCCGGCCUCGUCCAAUGACACCAGAAGAAAGGCAAAACCACACGAGGGUUCCUGGACCAGGUUUAGAGGAACCACAAAACGAAUUGAACAGGGAGUUUGGUGGUUCUGUUGGUGGACCAAGAGGAGACGUUUUCUGGGAUGAGGAAAAGAAGAAUGACAAGAAUUAUGAUAAGAAUAACAGUAAUAAUAUUGAUUCUUUUGAUGAGGUACAGGGGCUGAGAAAGGAAAGCACCGUGUCGGCCUGGGAUAAGGUCCGUGCUGAGCAUGCGCCCACAGACAAUUCAUGGGCCAAGCUUAGAAAGGAGAGUCAACAGGAGGAAGGGUAUCAGAGUCAGAGUCAGAGACAGAGACAGCAAUCUGAAUACGAUAAUUUCAGAAAUGAUGAUUUAUCCAAAGGAGAGCUUUUUAGAGAAGGGUUGGAAGCAGGCAAGUCUGCCAAAACCAAUGCAUGGGGAGACCGGAUGUAA